AUGACCACGCAACAGUCGGACAAAGAUUCAUACUCUGCCGGAAACAAUUCCGGUAGUUCGCCUCAACACGAAACGAGAUAUUUUUCUAAAAGAGCUAGAGAAAUUCAAGCGGAAGAAGGUAUCACUUCUGCUUAUCGUUCCGGUGCUCUUCCUCCUCCAUCGUUCUCUACAAAUGGUGCUUUUAAUAAUGGAACCCUCCUUUCAGAUUCUGCUGCUAGUGCAUCCCUUGAAUUUUUAAAUUUGAAGUCAGUUGGUACUAAAGCUUCUACCUCAAAUGGUAGUGGUCAAGACCAUCUUUCUUCUUAUCCUUCUUCUUUUCGUCGGACUCGUGCGGAUACUUUACCUUCUUCUUUGUCACGUCCUCCUAUUCUUCAUGGGCAUAAUCCCUCUUCCUCUUUGUCAAUUUCUAAUUCAUCCAUGAAUCCUUCGUCUGCCACGAAUUUACUUACUCCUCCUAAAGCCAAUUCUCGUCUUCGUUCAGGGUCACUUACAUUACCAUCUUCAUCUCUUUCUGCUGCGUUUGGACCAUCUAUUUUUACUUCUGGUUGGUCAGAUCAUCGAAGUGAGUCGAACGGUCCCCCAACUCCACCUAUGCAAACUCCUACUACGGGUGAUUUGCUUCGUGGUGAUGAAAAUAACACUGUUGGUAAAACCUUAGAUUAUUUAGGUUUAGAUGAUCAUGAACAUGGUGGUGUUUCAGGACUGUCAAAAAUUUCUACAAGUUCUGGUAACCUUCCGCAAAUUAAAGUUGAAAUGAAAAAUUCUGCUCCUUCCUAUACUUCUUCUGGUGGUAGUAUUCCAAAUAUUCCUGCUCUUCGUAGGGAUGCAAACAGAAUACGUUCUUAUUCUGUUUCUGCAACCGCAAAAUAUGAUGAACCACCUGUUACCACUACAAUGACCACAAAUAAUUUAUUUCCUCCGGGUUCUGCUGCAGUUCAACAAUUCCAUCAAACGCAUUCCAGACCUCGCGCCAUUAGUUUGGGAAUUUUAGAUUUGCCUAAUGAUAUUAUGAUGAUGCGUCAAAGUAGAAACAGUCAAAUGUACAAUGAUUUAUCUGAUUCCAAUAAAGGUGUGGGAACUACAAGCUCAUCUAGAUCUCUUGGGGGUGAACAAUUGUUGGGAAUGAUGCUCGUUGGCGCUAUGGAAGGUAAAAAGAAGCAACAACAAGCAAUCCACAUCGAUGAUGAUUAUUUGAUAGUGGAUCAUGAUGAUAUGGAGUUGCCACGAUCUGGUGUUUCUACCCCGCGUGAUCAUACUUCUGAUCAUUCUCAGCAAGGUACUCCUCCACCACAGACACCAACUCGUUCUUUAUGGAUUGGAAAUAUUGAUCCAAAUCUUAGCACCCAGGACCUUAUGCAACUUUUUUCACCAUAUGGGUCCAUUGAAAGCCUUAGACUUUUACCUGACAAAGAGUGUGGUUUUGUUAAUUUUGUUCGUGUUGAGGAUGCU